CAGCGCACGCCUCUUUAAAUACCCCCUCUAUCCCCAUAAUCGUCCAUCGAGUUACCGACUCUAUUGCUCUCCGUUCUUGGUCUUCUUCGCGGGCUAAGGGAAGAGGGACAAAGGUGUCGUCUCUUAUUCAGGGGCUGUGAUUGGAAGGGAGAACUCCAUCCUCUCUUCCUCGAGAACUCCAGCCACGUCGAAUUUGGCUUUGUGAGGGAAAAUCUGCUUAUUGAUGAAUUCUGUAGAUAAUAGCAUCAGCUGUACCAGGUUGCUGUCACACUCAUGUAAUACUCACAACAACUACAAUCAUGCAUCUAGUUUGCGUGAUUCUAAGGGGACAACUAGGCAACAUAUUCACUGGAUUUAGUCGGGUCAAAUUGUAGGAGGUAAUGCACUGCUGGGCUUUUUCAACAUUGCUCUAAGUAAACCUGUUGUUGCCUAGUUUACAUGGGACUUACAAUUUGAACAGCAUGUUGUUUCAUGGAGAAGAAUGCUGUAUUCAACAUGCGUGCCAUGUAUGUGCAAGAUUGUUUGAUACACAUAUGUAACUUUUAAGGGGCAUUGCAGUGGAAGAAAUUACCGAGGGAGUCAACAAGAAUUGUGCUGGAGAAUAUCUAGUGCAAGCUUGGCUCAGCAUUUGAAGUGGGUGCAAGCAGCUCUAACUUAUAACUAUACUGGAGUUCUAUUUUAUGAAUGCAGUGUAGGUGGGCAUAUAUAUCUGUCGUUCAAGCUUUUCUCUGCUUUUAUCACUGCUACCUGCAACAAUUGAAAGGAGAGAGAGUGAAUGGACUGUCAGGUAUUCUCCAGCCAAGAGUACCAAUCUAAAUUGUAAUUCAAGGGAUGUGCAACAUUUACAGCAUAAAGGUGUCCACAUAGAGGAACUCUACGUGCACUCUAGAAGAUGGCCUUACCUCAUUCCUCUUUGAAAUGGGCCAACUAAGUUCUGGAAUAGGGAGAAUAUCCACUCAUGUCACCUGGCUUGCUGGAAAACAAUAAAUAAAUAAGCAAACAAAUAAAUAAUUAAAUAGUGACCUUCAUGAAUAGCUUACCUUUUAUCUAUAUGACCAACAAAACUGCAACAAAAUAAGGUCGUCAUCUGUCAUUUGUAUUGGAAAGUAGAAAACCAUGCUAUAUCUCUUUCCAGAUCUUGGAAUAAAGAUCAUAGAACGUGACUAUAUCUGGCUGUGUUUCUGUGGCAUUUCAAUGGAACCAGCUUGGAGUUGGUUGGGUACAUCAGAACGUGUUCCACUGUUCCUACAAAUGACAGAGGACCAUUUUAUGAAGGUCUUUAGGGAAAGCGGAGGACUAGUUGCAUAUUGGAGAUGUUCUUGGCCAAACAUCUGUACGAGAGAUAUCAACACUCUUAAACCAGUGUCUGAUGUGCCAAGAUCCAAAUUCAUUUAUUUUUGGCUGUAGGUUUUUAAUAAAUUUUACACUAUUAUUAUAAAACGUCAUGAUAUUUAAUGUGAUUUUCAAAUGGAUUUAUUUGAUAAUAUUUUGAAUGUUUUCAAGAAAAGUGCAACACAUCUUGCAUGGUGCUCUCCAAGUUGCAACAGUACCUGGGCCUCUCGCCAGGUGUUCUGGGCCCAUUUGCAGCUCGAAAUCAUGUAGAAAACCCUCUGUCAAACUGUCGUCAUGCUUUCAGUGCUCUAACCAAAUAUUUUCCAGUCUGUCUUCGUUGCAGCAGAUAUCCCAUAGAUAAAUGUGCUCCUUGUCAACUUUUAUUGCAACAAAGCUACAAGGUUGCAAACAAAAGUAUAGGCAGAUCGGCCAUCUCAACGUUGUAAAAGAUAUUUUCAUCAGAACUCCUGUAAGAGGGUACCAAACGAAACUUUUAGUUGUUUCCUAACGAUAAACCUAGACUGGAACGAAAUCCUCUUGGAGCACCGGAGUCCCCAAACAGAUAGCAAACGAUCACAGACACUGGUUAAUAAACGUGAGGCAGCUUCAGCACGGUUCGCUAGGCUGCCAGAUUUUACCGCAGCCAACAACAGCGUGUCGGAAGGCCACGCCCGCAUUUUUUUCUAUCAACGCUUUAUAUUUUUUCUUUCCAAAAUUGGCGACCAAGUUAGCAGCAGGGACGUAGGUGGGCAGAUGCUCCUCAUUCAUCCACUUUAUUCGCGUGUGAUGUUGAUGAAUGACAGCAGUGAUAGUAGAUUAAUGUAUGGAUGGGUUGCAGACCCACGGACAACAUGGACAGCAGCACGGUAUUGUCCGGAAGUGUUUAUGCAAGAACUUUGAAAUUUGAAUACAUCGAAACAACCCGACAAGUUUUCCAAAGAGACCCUAAAAAGGAUGGCGGACAACAUGUAAUCAAUGAUGGCUAUUGUAGUAAAGCUGAUUCCCCCAUUUCGUUCAAAUGGUCAGUUGGAAGCUGCCCUCUUUCAUCGAGGGGGAGAGUUACAAGGAAGCAAGUUGGUUUUGAUUAUUGUUUGAUCGAGUCAUUGGUUUAAGAGCUAAGAGUCUGCCCGCCUGUGAAUGGAAUCUGAACUGUUUGUACUUGAAGAGGAAUCACGAGGACAGGAUUUCAUUCGCUUGCUGCAGUUACAAACAAAGUAAACAGCUGGUGAUUGGUCGAAAAUGAAUGCUUAUUUGCAUGUUCCUAGUUGUUCUCUCAUUUCCGUGCAGGUGGCUUUGGUCCAACAGUUUGAUGGUUCCUAAUCGGGCAGAAGCGGUUUGGAUGAUCAUUAAUGGGACCCAAUAUAAGCCUAUUGUUCCAUAUGCAAUGCUGUUUAUGAGGGAUGAUGAAUUGAAGUGAUGAGCAUUGCUCAAAUAAUUACUACGUUCUUUUGUAACAUACUGAUGGGAGAGAAUGAUGGAAGAAAACAAUACCAAGGCCUGUGGUUCACUGAGUUUGAAGGAAUAGAGAGAACGAGACGCAAGCGAAGGGAACCAUGUGACUGGCAGUCCAAGUCUCCAUCAUGCUCUUGGUCUUCGAUUCAAAGCAAAUUAAAGUGAGUGAAAGGGUUAUUUAUUAAUAAGGUUUUAGGGUUUUGUCUCCCAGGCAGUCAUCAAAUUGCGUGAAGGUUGGUGGAUGGGGGUGCAUGUGGGGGAUGGGAGUCCCAAUUCCCAAGCGGGGGGUACUCUGAGCGCAGCAGCGCACGCUCCUUGGUGCUCGCCCGGCGUCUCUUUCGUCGACAAAGCCGUGGGUUGUAGAACGAAUCUUGCUCCAUUCCCGACACCUCUCCCCUCCCGCUUCCUAUAAAAUGCUCGCCCGACAGUCCAAGUGUAGGCAAUUAAAAGCCAUCCAGAGAGAUAGAGAAGCCUGUCAUUAAUUUGUUUCAUCAACAAGUGCCGAAAAUGAAGCAGAGCAAGCAGAGGAAGGUGUCGCAUGGAGGGCAAGGUGGUGGGCUGGGCAGAGCUCUGAGAGAGCACAAGGCCAGGCUCUAUAUCAUCCGCCGCUGCGUGGUCAUGCUCCUCUGCUGGCAUGACUAGCCCUCACACCCCGCCGUACGGCCUUUUAAAAAAAUGAAAAAAAAAAAUUCUAGGCAAGGGCAGAGAAGUUUUGGUUAGGCUUUUCUCUGUACAUUCAUCGAUCCAAAUACUAUCUCUUUUUUCUUUUCUUUUCUUUUCUUUUCUUUUUUGGGACCAUUUGACUUCCGGUCCUUCAUUGGACAGUGUUUUUUUUUUCCGGGACCACUUGACUCCCGGUCCUUCAUUGGACAGCUUUUUUUUUUGUUACUACUGUCUCAUGCUAGGCGAGGAUGGACCAAUUUUGAUGUUUGUAGAAUCAAACACCUUGUACGUUGAAAUGGAUUGCUAGAGGAAUUUAUUACCCUCUUAUAUCUAAGCAUUUAACCAUGGUCUCUACCGCA